AUGAAUAGGCAAGCUUUUGCAGGCAAUUUUCCUUCUCCUUUCAGCAUCCCGCGCGUCUUCUCUGCAGCACAAUCAUUGGUAAUCGAGAGGAUGUCCAGUAACGAUUAUUAUACUGCCAUUUCUGAUAUUGGAAUUACUUCAAGACCGGAUGAAGUUCCCCAAGGAUAUAUUUUAGUUUCUCGCUCUGUGUCUGGCAUCGAUGCUCAGCUAUGGCCUGGAAAGCGAUCUGAUAAAGCGAAACGAUAUCUCUGCGUCAAGCCGCUACAGAAAAGCGAUAAAGUAGUGGUAGAAGACAUUGUUAUACUGAAAGAGACGAAGGCUACUCCACGUGGUUAUACCUAUAGGGAUACAACUCUCAACGACGGUAUUGCGGCAUUACGGAAACAGAAAAUUUGUGUCAAAUAUAUAUCCUCAAGUAACGCUCAAUCGGCCCUAUGUAGUAUUAUUUUAGUUAAUAGAGCAAAAUCAGAAUACGCUCCCCCAAAACACGAGUAUACUGAAAACGAUAUCAAUGGAUUCCAUAUAUGCUUUGACAAAGUUAAUAUGAGCCGAUGUUUUCAACAAUCUCAACCACCUCAGCCAGUUUCACAACAACAACCUGGGCAACAUCAGCAAGUGCAACAUCAGCAAGUACAGUAUCAGCCAGUGCAACAUCAGCCAAUGCAAAAUCAACCACUAGUUAUCGAGCAACCCUUACAAUCUCUUACGAUAGCGUCAUCCGCUACGCAGCCGCCGCAAUCCCACAAUCCUAUUCAACGUACUGACAGUCGUGAUCUACAACAUAGCGCCAGUGGUGACCUCGAUGGAGUCCCUUUGCUAGUUAGUCCUUCAUUCGAUAUUCGAAAGAUUGGAGAUAUUCCAGAUAAUAUUUACCAAAGCCCUUAUCUAAUAGAUGAAAAGGAAUUGAUUAUACAUCCAUUUACUUGCCAAAUCUUUACGGAAAGAAUUGCCAAAAUGUUAUUUGGUUACUACUAG